AUGAUAAUUCUAUCGUCAACAACAACAGCAACUAUUAUGACAAUGUCGAAUAAUUCUACUUCAUUGUCGAUAUCAACUAUUGAACAACUAUCUUCAUCAUCGUAUUAUACAAGUAUGAUAAAACGUCUUUUAAUUGUAUUUGGUUCGAUAUCAUUUCUUUGGUUAAUUAUGGGACUUGUAUUUGCAUCUAUUCAAACAUUUCGUCAUUUAAAAAGAAAGACACAUCAAAAAUUAUUUCUUUAUCAUCGGGCAUUACCACCACCAGCGCAAUCACAAAUACCACCAGCACCAUCGUCAGCAUUAUUAACAUCCAUAGGACAAACAUUCAAAGAAGAUAAUAUCUCUGAUAAUGAUGUUGAUGAUGACGAUGAUGACGAUGAUGAUCAAGCAAGUGUUUUUACGUCUCUAUCAUUUAUUUCUGAACAAUCAAAAAGUACACAUGAACAUGCACAUACUGUUGCAUUAUGUGAACGAAUACCUGAAGAAGAAUUUGAAUUAACAUUAACGACGCCUGUCGGCAUUUCUAAUAUGGCUUAUAGUCCAUCAACAUUAGCUUCAUCAAGUAGUGGCGACUCAUCUCUUUUACAUUAUCCAGCCUGUCGAAAUUUUGCUUAUUCCCAAUCGACUCUUGCAUCAUCUACUGCUGAUUUGAAUACUGCAACACCAUCGGUUAUUAUUCCUAUCAAUGAAUCAUCUUCAACAAAGUCAUUGUCAAACCGUUUUGUUAAUUUAAAACGACAGGCAUCUCAAUCGUCAACAACUACAACAUUUAGUCAGAUCACUAAUGCUACAUAUUUGUCAUCAAGUAGUACAUCGACAUCGUCAAGUAUUCCAAUAACAUCAAUAAAAACAAUGCCAUUGCCUACAGUAAUGAUUACUGAUUGUGAUCGUUUACAAACUGAUAUUAUUGAACUUGAUGAUUUUGAACCGGAAAAAGAUUGGCGUCGUGCACGUCCUGAAUUAAGGUUAUUACUCAAUGAUCGAAUGCCACAGGCAGUGAGAUAA